AAUGUGGGUGGAACAUAAAGACAGGGCUGUCGUAUCUUGCUGAGGCAACACAGGCUUUAUUAAGUACAGUGCCGUGGACAGCAACCCGCUCUCCCUGUAUGUCAUGCAUCCGUUCUGGAACACGGUGGUGAAGAUUUUCCCCACUUGGCUGGCCCCAAAUCUGAUAACCUUUUGUGGCUUCCUUCUGCUUGUCUUCAACUUCUUCCUCAUGGCAUACUUUGACCCUGAUUUUUAUGCUUCUGCACCUGAUCAUGUGCACGUUCCAAAUCGAAUAUGGAUCAUGGUGGGUCUCCUCAACUUCAUGGCAUAUACGCUAGAUGGUGUCGAUGGGAAGCAAGCUCGCCGAACCAACUCCAGCACCCCACUGGGUGAGCUCUUUGACCAUGGCCUGGACAGCUGGGCCUGCAUGUACUUCGUCGUGACUGUUUACUCCACCUUCGGCCGGGGAUCCACUGGAGUCAGUGUCUUCGUUCUCUAUCUCCUUCUAUGGGUGGUUUUAUUUUCAUUCAUCCUCUCCCACUGGGAGAAGUAUAACACAGGGAUUCUCUUCCUGCCCUGGGGAUAUGACAUCAGCCAGAUGACCAUUUCCAUUGUCUACAUAGUGACAGCGAUUGUGGGAGUUGAGGCCUGGCACGCACCUUUCCUGUUUAAUUUCUUAUAUAGAGACCUAUUCACUACAAUGAUUCUUGGUUGUGCAGUCACAGUGACUCUGCCAAUGAGUGUGUACAACUUUUACAGGGCCUAUAAAAGUAACACCCUGAAGCACCACUCACUGUAUGAAAUAAUACUGCCAUUUCUCUCACCGGUGUUACUGUUUGCUCUGUGCACUACCUGGAUUUUCCUGUCGCCAUCGGACAUCCUGGAGGUCCACCCUCGGCUCUUCUACUUCAUGGUUGGAACAGCCUUUGCUAACAUUUCAUGCCAGCUGAUUGUGUGUCAGAUGAGCAACACCCGAUGCCAGCCUCUGAACUGGAUGCUGCUGCCACUAGCGGUGGUUGUUUUCGUGGUGCUGUAUGGAUUAGCACCAAAUAAUGAAACAGUUCUCCUGUACACAUUAACAGCAGUCAUCACCGUGGCGCACAUUCACUACGGAGUGUGUGUGGUGAACCAGCUAAGCAAGCAUUUCAAUAUCCGACCCUUCUCACUAAAGAAGCGCAGUACAGAUUGACUAGAAGUGGAAGAACAGAAAAUCGGCCUGCAGGCUGCAGAAGUACUGUAAAUAACUGCUGCAAAUAUCCUGUAAAUACUUCAACCAUCACCACAGAUCUAAAUUUAUCCUCUGGACAGACACUGGGGCAGCGUGUGUGUGGUAUCCAGCAUCGGCAGGGAGGGCUGGGCACGAGGUCUGGCCCCAACUGCCAUUCUUGUACCACAUGGGUAUGGAUGGGA